UGAAAAAAAUAUUCUAUAUAUUUAAUUUUUUGAAAACCUUUUGAAGGUUUCAAGAGCACAAGGAAAAGAGACAAAAUGCUUGAAAUUUGUCUUUCUCUCAAGAGAAAGCUUCAAUGCAAACCAAACCCAAAACAAGUUCAUGAUCCAAAGACAUGUAGGAGCAAAAAAGGUAAUCAAAGAACAAAGUCAAGUUUACUUGAUCAUUCAAAAAUCCAAGGUGUCAUCCAAGGAAGCAAGAGGUACUUAAAAAAUUCAUCAAGUUUCAAACCAAAACAUAACAUUGAAAUUAGUGAUCUUAUAAACUAUGAAACUGUUCAUGACGGUUCAAUAAGUCAAAUUUGUCCAUGUUGUGUUUCUCGUCAAAGCAAUAGUGGUAGUAAGGAUUUUGAAGGUUCUUAUAGAACAACAAAAAGGGCUUCUACAUCUUCAAGGAUAACCAAUCCUUUUGAUUAUAGUGAAGCAAAUGUGUCAUAUAAAACAAGGUUGUUGGUUCAGGUGGAUUCUGUUGGUCCUUCAAUAUUGAUAUGUUACAAAUGUGGUGAGAAACUGAAAAACCUUGUUGCUGUUGAAACACACCAUAUCACUGAGCAUUCAGUGGCUGAACUUCAAGAAGAUUCAUCUAGGCAAAUUGUUGAAACAAUAUGUGGAAGUGGAACAAGCUCUGUUAGUUCUGAAUUGAGUCAGAUUGAUUGUAUCUUAAAAGUCCACAACAUGUCAAAAAGCUUUACAUGCUUUGAGGAAUAUAGAGAAAUGAUAAAGAUUAAAUCCAACAAGCUACAUCAUAAGAAUCAUCCACGUUGCAUGGUUGAUGGAAAUGAGCUUUUAAGGUUUCAUGGCACUAGCAUUGCAUGUUCUCUUGGCACAAAUAGCUCUUAUAGCCUAUGCACUUUAGACUAUUGUGGUGUAUGUCAAAUUCUAAGGCAUGGUUUCUCUACUAACAAGGAAUUUCAAGGUGCAUUAGGUGUUUACACAACUUCUACAAGUGGAAAAGCUUUUGAUUCUAUUAGACUAUGUGAUGAGAGACCAUUUACAAGAAAAUCAGUUAUAGUGUGUAGAGUAAUAGCUGGGAGAGUUCAUUGUCCUUUUGAAGAAAAAGUUGAUUCAGGAUUUGAUUCCUUGGCAGAAAAGAUUAGUAAUCAUUCAGAUAUUGAGGAACUAUAUUUGUUGAAUCCUAAAGCUCUGCUUCCAUGCUUUGUGGUAAUCUACAAGCAAUAAAAAAUGAAAUUCAAAAGUUCCACUAAAGUCUAAGGGUAAGCACCGGUAGCAUGAAAUUGGAUUUCCUGUUACAAAUUUGAACUGUCUUAUAUCAAAUCAGCGGUUGAAUUUUUUAUUCUUUCAAAUAUUUUUUAUUUAUUUACUUGUGAUGUUUAGGUAAAAUAUUUAUUAAAGUUGUACAACAUUCUCACCGGUUGGAUUAACAGCUUUAAUUGUUGCAAUAUCUGGUAGGCCAAAUGUUAAUUAAGUUUAUGAUUAUGUUCUAUAAAACACACUGGAUGCUUGUUGGCAA